AGAGCAGCCCUACUCACACGAAGCAGGGUGACACGGGAGCUGUCCUCCGAGGCAGGCGGCUCGCGUCCUCGAGGACGGCGGUGAGCUCCCAGCCCCCAGCCCUCCGAGUUGAGCGCAGGCCCCAAACCUGAAGCCCUGUCUACCCUGGGGUGUCAGGAUCAGGGAAAAUCGGGAGCUCCCAGGUCGUGCCAAAGCCGUAGGGGACUUGGUGGGGAAGGGCCAGAGCGAAUCCACUCGUUCCGUGGGAGCUGGUGGGAGGAGAAAAUAGAAGAAGGGAAUUCCUCGAGAGAAGAGCUAGGGGCAAGGGAGCUGGAGACCCAGACCCCCGAGACUAGGGUGGGGUGGGGAAAGAGGUGUAAGAAUAGAGAUACCAGACGACAGAGUGAAUAAGAACUGAGAACGCAGCCAUGUCCUCCCAUGAGCCAGGAAGCUGCGAGGACUACGAGGAGUCCCUGGGGUGGACACUGCAUAGAACCUGAUGUGGGAUCCAACCCUUGGUAGUCUCUGGUGGCCACCAAAAUUGGCUGGGGUCCCGGAUCAUUUUAGAAAAGCGGUAGUGUGUUCUCUUAAGAACGGUUCACAUGCUCCUUUGAGGGGAUUCAUAGUCAACGACUCCAGCACCCCUCAAUUCUCAGCGAAACCUCUUUGGCUUCGGUUCUCUGUAGGAUUCCACGCACGGGAGGCGUUAGUGGAGUCUGGCCCGGGGAGGCCACAGCCAGGGGGCUGGGGUCAGGCUCCCGCUCCCCGGCGAGGUGACUGAGGGUGGCGCCCGCCUCCUGGCUCUGCGGCACCUGAGCCCGGAGCGGGCAGGACGGGAGGUGGCCCCCGGGCGGCGGGGCGCGGAUCCCGGAGAGAGACCCAGAAGGCGGGGGGACGGGCCAGGGGCGGGCGCGGGGAAGAGGCCCUCCUUCCUUCUCCCCUCAAACCCCGGCAGGUCGGAGCGGGGACUCGGCGACCGGGAAGGCAAGCGGGGUGAGGGAAGGGGGGGGCCGCGCCGAGACCGAGGGAGGGGCCGCGCCGCCUUCCAGAGUCAUUGGAGGACGCGACUGCUCGAAGCUGAUAAAUAAGGGGCCGGGCCGCGGCUGCGGGCCAAGUUGGACGCCCCGACCGGUGCGAGGGCCAGGUCAGCACCUGCCCCGCGAGGCGCCCCCCGUGCGGCCAUGGCCUCGCUGCUGGGAACUUACCCGUGGCCGGAGGGACUCGAGUGCCCGGCCCUGGAAACCGAACUGUCGGAUGGGCUGUCGCCGCCGGCUGCCACUCGCCCGCCGGGGGACAAGGGCUCGGAGAGCCGUAUCCGGCGGCCCAUGAACGCCUUCAUGGUGUGGGCCAAGGACGAAAGGAAACGUCUGGCGGUGCAGAACCCGGACCUGCACAACGCCGAGCUCAGCAAGAUGCUGGGAAAGUCGUGGAAGGCGCUGACGCUGUCGCAGAAGAGGCCCUACGUGGACGAGGCGGAGCGGCUGCGCCUGCAGCACAUGCAGGACUACCCCAACUACAAGUACCGGCCGCGCAGGAAGAAGCAGGCCAAGCGCCUCUGCAAGCGAGUGGACCCCGGCUUCCUGCUGAGCUCCCUCUCCAGGGACCAGAACGCCCUGCCUGAGAAGCGGGCUGGCGGCCGGGGGGCGCUGGGGGAGAAGGAGGACAGGGGUGAGUACUCCCCGGGCGCCGCGCUGCCCAGCCUGCGGGGCUGCUACCAGGAAGGGCCAACGGGCGGCGGCGGCACCCCAGGCAGCGUGGACACGUACCCAUACGGGCUGCCCACGCCUCCGGAAAUGUCGCCCCUGGAUGUGCUGGAGCCGGAGCAGACCUUCUUCUCUUCCCCCUGCCAGGAGGAGCAUGCACACUCCCGGCGCAUCCCCCACCUGCCCCGGCCCCCUUACUCCCCGGAGUAUACCCCCAGCCCCCUCCACUGCAGUCACCCCCUGGGCUCCCUGGCCCUCGGCCAGUCCCCGGGUGUCUCUAUGAUGUCCACUGUACCCGGCUGUCCCCCAUCUCCAGCCUAUUACUCCCCUGCCCCCUUCCACCAUCUCCAUUCCAACCUCCAUGCCCACCUGGGCCAGCUCUCGCCCCCUCCUGAGCACCCUGGCUUUGAUGCCCUGGAUCAGCUGAGCCAGGUGGAACUCCUGGGGGACAUGGAUCGCAAUGAAUUCGACCAGUAUUUGAACACUCCUGGCCACCCAGACUCUGCUGCUGGGGCCGUGACUCUCAGUGGCCAUGCUCCGGGCUCUCAGGUGCCAACCACGGGCCCCACGGAGACCAGCCUCAUCUCUGUGUUGGCUGAUGCCACGGCCACGUACUACAACAGCUACAGCGUGUCAUAGAGCCCGAGGCCGCCCGUCCAGCCCUGCCUCGCCGCCACUCUCCUUCCUGCGCACUGAGAAGAGCCGAGGGCUCGGUGCUACGGCCCUGGUGGGCAGGUCUGCACUGCCUGCGACCUGGAUUCUGCUCAUUCUAGUGCUCUUCCGCGCCCUUCCGCGCCCACCCCACUCCCUGCAGCCUGCAUUUUAAGUAUAUGCCUUCAACUGAGUUUUCAUUGGCUAAUUGGGAAUAAGGCAAGGGAGUUGCUGAAAGAUGCUGGUCCCAGGUGAGAUUUUCACCCAUCUCUCCUCCCUGUCCCCAUCACUGAAACAAAUGUGUGAAAAAAGCCCAGCAGCAUUUGCAACCUCUCUGGAAUCUGAUACAGCCUCAGGGGUACAGCACAUCUGAUUUUUGGGGCCUCCAGGUGGAGAGAGCCCUGGACUGGGAUCCAGCAACCCAGGAUCCUGGGAAGGCUGGACACUCUGACUGUCUUCUCCUCCCCCUCCAGCUUGUCCCCUGACCUAAAAAGUGAGGGAUGGAUUUGGCACCUAAGGUCCCUUCUUCUCCAGGGUUUUCUGAUUUAGGAUUCUCUCAAGGCUAACCAUCAAUAAAAGGAAAAUGAAGUUCGACUCAGUAAACUCCUGAAGCUGUAUACUGUGGUAAUUCUUAUGCACAGCCUGAGGACUCAGGCUUUCUGCACUUGGACGGCCUUCCCCAAUGAUCCUAGUCUUCCAAAAGGAGUCUUUUCCAAUUUGAGAAAAAAAACACUCAUCUUGAUUUGGGAAAUUAACCAGUAGGGUUGACUGCAUCACUGAAAAUGAGAUUGAAUUCAAGCUGUUUUUCUAAAAAUACAUUUUUUAGAUAUGCUCUUUUAUUGUUGUUACACACGCAUUUCAAGAGACUAUACACAACCUGAAUAUAUACAGUGUGUGACACACACACACCUUCAUGCACACCCUUACAGCCUAAAUCAGAUGCUCUUGUUGAUGUUGGCAACUUCCUGUCAACUCCCUGUUCCUAAAGACCCAAAGAGCAGGGAACCUAAAAAAGAAUUUCCUCCACUCUGGAUCUGUUGAUUUCUUGAGCAAAAUUUUAGCAAGCCUCCCCUUUGCAGAAGCAAAAGGAGCUUUCUUUCCGAAUUCCCCAUCUCCCUCUCUCCCUUUCCUGGGAUUUCUUUUCCCUCUAUUCUUUGUUCUUCCUCCACCCCUGAAUUGGCCACUAAUUCAAAGAUUCCCCUGCUUUAAAAAUUCCAUGCCCCAUUCCCAUGGCUGGGAUGAGAAUUCAUCCUCCUCACCAGCCAGCUGUUUCUUAGGUAAUAUCUUCAGCCAACACUUCAAAACAAUUACCCCACCACACCUUCAUUGUGCUUACUUCCCAAAGAACAGAAACGCACAGUGAUUUGGAAAAUGAUCCUGAGCCCUGACCCCACCCCCAAAGCAUUUUCAUCCUCCUCUCAGACCUCCUUUGAAGGAACAUACCUAACAGUGAGUGAAAGGCAGCAGUUUGUCUUUUGAUGUCAGCAUAUUAUUGCCUGUAUGAAAUAUGUAAGUGUUUUAUAUAUUCUCCUGUUAUUUUUGCCUUAUAUUUAGUAUUGUUGAAAGAUCCUUUUUUUCCCCUUCCAAGGAGUCCUAUUGUAAAAUCACUUAUAAGAUAUGAUUAAUCUUUAUGCUAUUCCUGUAUACGACGUUUGGUAAUAAAUUGUAAAUCAUUGACAAUAUGAUUGACUGGUGCAGUUCAAAAUGUGUUAAUAAUCUUGUAAAACAUGAUCACAGACAUUAAGCUAAACUGUUCCAUUUUUUUUUUUUUUUUGCUAAGAACUACCCACGGUUUGGAAUGGUUGUAGAUAUUGAUUUGUCUAAAAUAUUUAAUUUAAAUAAACUUUUUUUGUACCGUGA